AUGGCUUUCAUACUCAAAAGCUCAACAAUAUUAUAUGUGCUUCUAGUUUUUGGAAUUUGGGCAUCCCUAGCCUACUGCCGCACUUUGCCUGAUGCUGAGCUUAAUGUAAUGGUGAAGAGACAUGACCAGUGGAUGGCUAGUCAUGGACGCGUCUAUAAGGACCAUGUGGAGAAAGAGAAGCGUUUCAAGAUAUUCAAGGACAAUGUGGAGUUCGUAGAGUCCUUCAACAUGGGUGGAAAUAAGCCUUACAGUUUAAGGAUCAAUGAAUUCGCAGACCUGACUAAUGAAGAGUUCUUGGCCUUCCGCAAUGGAUACAAGUUUCAGUCUCCAAAUCUCAUGUCAUCAUCUGGAACAUUAUUUAAAUAUGCCAAUGUGACUGCAGUCCCGUCUAGUGUGGAUUGGAGGAAGCAGGGAGCCGUGACCCCUGUGAAGGAUCAGGGUUAUUGUGGAUGUUGCUGGGCAUUUUCUGCAGUGGCAGCUACAGAAGGAAUUACGAAGCUAAAAACAGGGAAGUUGGUGCCUCUUUCGAAGCAACAACUAGUCGAUUGUGACACUGUUAGUGCAGGUUGUUCGGGUGGUUUAAUGACUUAUGCCUUUCAGUUCAUCAUACUCAACAAAGGCUUGGCAGCUGAAGCAGACUACCCUUAUCAGGGAAUUGAUGGGAGUUGCAGGAGGAACAACGAGGAAACUCCUGCAGCCAAGAUCACUGGCUAUGAGGUUGUGCCGGAGAAUGAGGAGGCUUUGUUGAAGGCCGUUGCGAACCAACCAGUCUCCGUUGCAAUUGAUGCCAGUGGGGGUGCCAUGCAGUUUUACUCUAGAGGGGUGUUCACAGGACAAUGUGGAAAUGAAUUAGACCAUGGAGUAACUGCAGUUGGGUAUGGGACAAGUGAUGAUGGUACGAAGUUUUGGCUCGUGAAGAACUCAUGGGGUAGAAGCUGGGGUGAAGACGGGUACAUAAGAAUCCAAAGAGAUGUCAAUCUUAGGGGAGGUCUUUGUGGUAUUACUAAGCAAGCUUCCUAUCCUACUGUUGACUAG